AAUGUUGGAUGAAAAAUGUACAAGCGUUGACCUAUCAUCAGCAAAGAAGAUAAGAAAGAGUCGUAGGAAUCACAAUGGAGAUCAAAAUAGCAUCUAUAUGUCCAAAGAUGAUUUCAACUCCCUAGAAGAGAGUACAAAGAUUGACUGGCUCAGAGCCUUGAAUUUAGUUCCCACAGCUGAAGCUGUUGAAAUGAAAACAAGAAGAUCACGGCGCAGUACAGCUAACCCUCUAUUUAGUAUGCCUCGACCAAAAUCCUCAACGUUUUAUUAUGCUUUAAACUCAAGGGUAAAGAAUUUAGAGGAAGAAAAGUCACAAUUAUGCAAAAAUAUAGCUCGAGAGGGUACUCGCCUAGAGAACUUGAAACGUAAAAGUAGCGAAUUAAGAAAAAAGGCUAACGAUUUAGAAGAUAUAAAUGAAAUGCAGAGAAUAAAAAUAAGUGAAUUCGAGCAGUUACAAACCUUGAGAAAAAUUCUACCCACUUUAUGA